UGAAGCGUGUUAAGAGAAGCUUCUAUAACUUCCAACUGGGUUGAUUGGACUUACGAUCGGGAAAGCUUGUUUGUUCAAGUAAAUCCAAUCAAUACGGAAUCUUGCGAAACUUUGAAACACGUCAUUGGAUUUCACUUUGAUCUUGUGAUGACAGCCUCUUCGCAAAACUCAUGCUUAAAUAGCUUCGAUAUUCGCAAACCAAGUGUGGAUUCUGCUAAAGAAGGUCCAAGUGGUUCCUCUCGACAACCAGCUUUCAAUGCAUAUCCCCUUGAAUCUUCACCUAAUUUGCUUAUUCCAACAAAUGAUGUGAUAUAUAUGCCAUUAAAUCCCACAAAUGUGCCUUUGUCGCUACAACGUGCAUGUGCCUCCAAUGAGACUGUAGGCGGUGAUACACAGAGUUACAGUCAUCCAAUAUGCCAUGGCUUCAUUUUUCCAAACUCAGAAGUAAGUUCAAAUGAUGCUGAAUUUAACCAGAUAAACAUUCCGAGUAUGCAAAAUCAUAUCAAUGAUGUUCCUUACAGUAUGCAGAGCCAGAGUUCGAGCAACGUGGACACAAAUGCUCAAAAACAUCUUCAACUCCUGUUGCUUCAAAAGUUAAUUGAGUUGCAGCUUGCCGAACAUUAUAACUCAAUUAAAGACACACUAAUACUAACUAAAGACUCCAAUAAUGAGUCUCAAAACCCUAAAUUACUGCCAUGUUUUGUCAAAAACUCUGACUUUGAUGCAAGUUCCAACCCAGUUUCAACCGUAAAUAACGAAAACUCGGAUAUGUCGACAUUUUUGGUCCCUGUUAAAGCCAAGUUUGAGGGCGAAAGUGGUUUGUCUUUACACAUAACUCCAAAUGACGAAAUCAGUAAUCCGACCCAAGGAAGUCCAGUUACCGUAGCAUACUCGAGUCAACCCAUCGUCUUAUAUCCAUUUUCUGUUCAACAAGAUAAUUCUACGGAAGAUACAUUCCCAGCCAGCCAAGCCGUGCCUGAUGCGUCCCCAGGUGGACCAACUGCUCAAACAUUUACGAUGAAGGACAUAGAUCACUGUAUACGGAGAGGUUCUCUGGAUUUCCCUUCUGAGCCAAGCAAUGACAUAGUUGAGAGUAUACGAGGUCGUACGAGACCAGGGUUUGUAUUGUUAAGCGUUCGGCAUGAAAAAAUCAACGCAGAAAAUAAGAUUUCACCAACUUCUGAGAAACAUUUCCAGGGGAGUCAUCCUCCUAUUUCAACAUCAGCCAGUCUUGAAACAAAGAAGUCGAAAAGUGUCACCAUGUCUAAAAAAUUACCUAGAAAGAGAUUGAAGCAUAUGAAAAGCGAUGCAGAACUCAAAAAGCGACCACUAAGAGGCUCGUCUAAAUCUCUCCUAAAACGCUCUGAAAACGCUGAAAUGUCUCCGACUCCGGUAGAACUUACGGAGGAUGAUCUUAAAGCUUUAUCUCCACAGUCAAGAUUUCGAGUGACUAGGUUCGCAGACAAAAAGCAAGCCUGGAUAGCUCCUGCAAAGGCAGGAUUCACUGUCCAUGAUUUAUGGACAACUAAACUUCCGGAAUAUGUGUUAAGAUGUGCCGAGCACCUAAAACUAUCAGGCUCUGGUUUAAACUUACAACAAGAAAAACUUACUGAAAUCCCAUAUUCGUUGGACGACAUUAUAAACGGACAUUGUUUGGCCUGUGAGAAGUCACCUCGUCUUCUACAACCACUUAUUGGAUGCUGUACCAUCCUGUUUUGCACUCUACAGCUUUUUAGCUGUAUUAUGGAAGUCUAAUUUUGCCAGUACCUUGGAAGCAAUCGAACUCAAGAAUUUUCGGCUUCAAUAAGAAAAGUCCAGACAAAGGUUUAUUAUUUUUAUGAAAACAGUUCUAUAAAUUUCAAGUUUAUACUUUGAUCGUUCAUGUUGGUUAACUUUCUAAAUCCAGCUCUAUACUAUUUAUGCUAUUCGAUCUAGAAAAACAACAUAGCUAUGUUCAAUGCCCCCAAGUUUUGUUAUUUCGCUCAAAUUCUUCAUCAAUAUUAAUUCUGUUUGGUCCACUACAUAUUGCAACCAACAUACUCUUACAUGGCGAACUGAGUGAACAUAUAUAAAAAGAACAUAAACCAAGUGUCAUGAUCCAAAUUUUGGAAUAGAAUAAUGAUGUACAUGCUUAUAGAGUCUCACAAUGAGAAAAAGUUUUCCAGCACACUAUGAUUUUCAACUGUCACUUAUGCAGCUUGCUCCAUAUAUAGUAAAGUUUCGUUAUUGUCAUUUCUUAGAAAACUGUUGAUUUUUAAUUUCAUAUACUGUUUGGUUUCUUGGUUAUUUCCAAGCAACUUUGUUUAUAAACUUCUUUUUAAUCAUCAACUGUCAAUCAUGCGAUAUAUUAGAAAAGCUAACUUGUAAUAGUCAACUUGUUUUAUGAUCAUACAUUUUUUUGUAUAAUGAGAUUUGCAUAAGAUUACUAUGCUAGUAUAUUUGGAAAUAUGAACAUAUUUUCUUCAAAACUGAAUUUACAUUCUCUCUAUGGAUUCAUAACACAGUGUAUGUAUUAAUUUUACAUUGUUUGUUCAUAAGAUGAAUGACUAAUUGCUUAUGAAUGAUUAUUUGUUUUACUAUACCACAUCAUAGUGAUAUGUUUUAUUUUCUAAAGGAAAUUAACUAACAAACAUGUAACUGUAGAACGAUGUUAUUUAAUAGAACUCCACAGGUAGUCUGUGUAGCAAAAAGGCUCAUGAUGCGAAAAUAUUCAUUAUUCACUAAUUUAAACACAUCUAACAUAGUAUCAUAACACUUGACAUAUCUAUUGAAGUUCUAUUUUUUCUCUCCUAACGUUUCACCUUCCAUGUUAUGUAAGCAAAAUUAUGAGAGAAAUUAAUAGGAUUAUCUGACUUCUAAACAGAUUAAGGGAUAUUGAAGAUUUUAGAACUGCAUUUGAAUGUUAUAUAAUAUUAUUUGGAAAUCUUCUGAAGAGUCUAUCUUCAGUAUUAUUUAUUCUAGCUUGAUUGACAUCACUACUUGCAAAUCUCUCAUUAAAAAUAUUGAGGCUAACUAUUUGUUUUUAUGAGUGCAAAAUAUGUAAUUAUUGCGAAUUGUUUACAAGUCAAGAUAAAUGCAUCACAGCGUUAUGUUUUUAAUCUAAAAUUCAAUCAAGUAACUUGGGUUAAUUAUUUUUAAAUACCUAGAAAUAAUAAAAAAAUAUUGAACAUAUUUAAAUACACACAAAGACAGCUUAAUUGGUGUUAUAGAUCAGAGAUAACAUGAUUGAAUUUGUUAAUCGAAAUUGAUGAUUGCUUUUAUUAGCAUCAUUUCGAAAAAUACAGGAAUCUCUUCAGGCGGCCACUUGAUCCACACAAUUCUAUACUGUAAAAUAAUAUAAGGAAGAAUGUAUAACAUAUAGUCAAUGUUAAAUAUUUCCAAAUUUUUGUACAAAUAUUUUGAAAAAGGUGCAGAAAAUGAAUUCCCAUUUAUAGCUUGGAUUAUUUUGCUGAUAUCUGUAAACAAUAGAUUGAUUACGUUUAAUGUAUACCUGAAUUUGACUGCAGCUAAAAUAAGACAGUGAAAAUAAGAAUCAGAACUAUAGGAUAUAUAAUGCGUGAAUUCAACUCAUUUGAUUUUAGCACGAUAUAGUAAAAACAAGAAAUGGGCUAAAUAAUGUGUCCAAGUGUUCAUGAUCAAUGUAAUUAAAUCAAAUAAAGUUGGGUGCCGGAAUUGAAAAUAAAAAGAGAAAAGCACACCAUAUGUAUUGUAGUUGUUGUAAAGUGCAAAUGAAUAUGAAUCUCUUGUCCCUGUACCGCAUCAUCGUAGUAAUAAAGUUUAAAUCUACUUAAUUUGGAUACACAGAUUCAGUUUUAUAUUAUUAUUAUUAUCAUUAUUAU